GCCAUGUUGCUCUAAUAAAGCGGGAGGGGCGGCGGCGUGGGGGGAGCAGAUGCCGCUGGCUGCGAGCGGGACUCCGGCGAGCAGAGCGCAGCCGCGAGGGAGACGCGAGGGAGGCGAGCCGGAGCUGGAGCACUAGCAGCAGCCGGAGUCGGCGGAGAGCACCCGGGCGCAGCCGGAGCCGGUGCCGCAGCUGCGAUGGCCGUGGCCGUGGGGAGACCGUCUAAUGAAGAGCUUCGAAACUUGUCUUUGUCUGGCCAUGUGGGAUUUGACAGCCUCCCUGACCAGCUGGUCAACAAGUCUACUUCUCAAGGAUUCUGUUUCAACAUCCUUUGUGUUGGUGAGACAGGCAUUGGCAAAUCCACGUUAAUGGACACUUUGUUCAACACCAAAUUUGAAAGUGACCCAGCUACUCACAAUGAACCAGGUGUUCGGUUAAAAGCCAGAAGUUAUGAGCUUCAGGAGAGCAAUGUACGGCUGAAGUUAACCAUCGUUGACACCGUGGGAUUUGGAGACCAGAUAAAUAAAGAUGACAGCUAUAAGCCGAUAGUAGAAUAUAUUGAUGCCCAGUUCGAGGCCUACCUGCAAGAGGAAUUGAAGAUUAAACGUUCUCUCUUCAACUACCAUGACACGAGGAUCCAUGCCUGCCUCUACUUUAUUGCCCCUACUGGACAUUCACUGAAGUCCCUGGAUCUGGUCACCAUGAAAAAGCUGGACAGUAAGGUGAACAUCAUUCCAAUAAUUGCAAAAGCUGACACCAUUGCCAAGAAUGAACUGCACAAAUUCAAGAGUAAGAUCAUGAGUGAACUAGUCAGCAAUGGGGUCCAGAUAUAUCAGUUUCCCACUGAUGAAGAAACGGUGGCAGAGAUUAACGCGACAAUGAGUGUCCAUCUCCCAUUUGCAGUGGUUGGCAGCACCGAAGAGGUGAAGAUUGGCAACAAGAUGGCAAAGGCCAGGCAGUACCCCUGGGGUGUGGUGCAGGUUGAGAAUGAAAAUCAUUGUGAUUUUGUGAAACUUCGAGAGAUGCUGAUCCGGGUGAACAUGGAGGACUUGCGAGAGCAGACUCACACCCGCCACUACGAAUUGUACCGACGCUGUAAGCUUGAAGAGAUGGGGUUCAAGGACACUGACCCUGACAGCAAACCCUUCAGUCUUCAGGAGACAUAUGAAGCAAAAAGGAAUGAAUUCCUGGGAGAACUGCAGAAGAAAGAAGAAGAAAUGAGACAAAUGUUUGUUAUGAGAGUGAAGGAGAAAGAAGCUGAACUUAAAGAGGCAGAGAAAGAGCUUCAUGAGAAGUUUGACCUUCUCAAGCGGACACACCAAGAAGAAAAGAAGAAAGUGGAAGACAAGAAGAAGGAGCUUGAGGAGGAGGUGAACAACUUCCAGAAGAAGAAAGCAGCGGCUCAGUUGCUACAGUCCCAGGCCCAGCAAUCUGGGGCCCAGCAAACCAAGAAAGACAAGGAUAAGAAAAAUGCAAGCUUCACAUAAAGCCUGGCAAGCCAAGGAUGUUCCCGCAUUCACCUGCUUUUGCAGUAAUAUCGUAUCUCUGCCAUGUGUGUUCUUUAUUUUUAUUUUUAUUUUUAUUUUUUUUACCCUUCUUCAAACACCAGUAACUAUUAUUAACUCGUUUGCUGAAUGUUGUUGGGUGGUAGAAAAUGAUAGAACAAGGGAAUAACCGCAAAUGCUCUGUGCAGCUGGACUCUGUUUCCGGAAAGUAAAUGAUUUGCUUUUUUUGCCUGUUCUGAAUGGCAGCACGAAGCAGGCCUGUUACUUGUAUGUCGCUUUGGACAGAGGAAAGUGGGGUAAAAUGCUACCUGUACGUCUGACAUGAAAACUUCUCACCGCCUCAGCAGCUGAACUAAAAACCUGAAUAGCCAUGAAAAGAGUUUGCAUUUUCUUGAUGAUUCAUCUCCAUGAGUGCACAAUCCCUGAACUCACUGUCUUUUCUCCACACUUGUCCCAAGCCAAGGUAGAUUUGUAUGUAGACAGACGGGUGAGCAAGCAUUAUAUUUUAUUUUUACACUUGCAUGACAUUUUCAUUUUCAUCAGUAACAUUAUUUGGCCUGAGCUUGUGGGUCUGUUCAGACUGUCUCCUCUCAUGGUUUGAAACCGCAUCUGAAUGCCUGCCUUCAAAUCCUGGCCAAGUUGGAGUAGAGUAGACAGGCCUGAGAAAACUAUGAUUAUGUUCACAUUUACUGGUGCAUCCUUGAUCCUCUCACAGAUAGACGUCUUAAAGGUUGAAUCAUACAACAUUGGUUAGUAGAAGAACCUUCUACUAAGGAUGAUGGGCUUUCUACAACCUGCUUACCACUAACAGUAAGGAAUCUUUCAUAAACACACAGUUUAUGAAACACACAGUUUGUUCCCAGUGGGCUUAGAGGGAGGCCCUGAUGACUGAUUCCAGGAUACUUGUACUUCUAAUAAAAUUUUUCCCUAAUCAUGAGAAAAUUUCCACAGAUACUUCCCUUAGAAAAUUUGCUAUAAACUCUGUAUCAUUGGUAGCAUGAAUUUGAGGGAGACCUUGUCAACUUUAAGGUGGAAAUAGGAAGGACCACAACAUGACCCAUAAGUGAAGAAGGUAGACAUUUCCUAUUCAGCUUCCUUGCUUAGUCUCCUUUCAGUAUUUGGCAAUAAAAGAGAGAAGAAAUAGAACAACUGAAGUCUCAAAUCAUUGUCUGGAGUAUUCCUCACCUUGGCUAGCUCCACCUGCUCUUUGUCUAAGGCCCUUGUCUCAUCAAGGAUUGGAGCGGACCCACACGCCAGAACCUAUCCUGCAUGCCUAAUUUGUAUGGAAAAGUGCAUAUUUCAUCUCUUUUCUAUACUGUUCCUUUCUGAUGCUUAUCUUUUCAUCUGUGUGAUUGUUUUUUUCCCCUCUACUAACAAGAUCCUCCCAGCUUUCUCUCUACAUGUAGAAAGGAUAACAUUGCUCAUGAACCCACUUCCCCUCCACAUUUUCCUCACUGGUUAGAGAUUAAGUAAAUAGGAUAGAAUAUGCUGCAUCUCCCCUGACACACACUUUCUUUUUAAAAUGAACAAGUCUCUAUUUUGAUUUCAGCAAAGACUUUUUCUCCUUCUCUUUGUCCUCAGCCAUACUUAGAGGAAAGAAGGAAUGGUCUUCCAUGAACUGAUUAUGCUUAAUUAAGCAAAGUAAGGAAAUUAGUUUCGUGGAAGCCUAAACAAAGCUGGAAUAGAAGCUACACACUAGGCACAGCAGCAGUCAUAGUCUUCACACGUUUAGGAGCUACUGGACCAACAUCCUUGUUUUUGCUUCUGUUUUUUUUUAAAUAAUUCUAGUCUGGAGCUAACUGUGGAGCAGCCGAAUAGUAGCUGGCAUGUUGAUUCAAACCAUGGGCUGAAUUUGCUCAUAGGCUGUGCAUCAGAAAAAGCUUGAAUAUUUGUGUUGUAUGCUUGUUCCAACCACUGCUUGUGUGAGCAUUUUUGUGGCUCGUACAGAAAGUACACUUUUAAAUUGUUUCUUGCAUCACUAAAAUUUUUUUUAAAUAAGCAUAACAGCGAAAGGCAACCAGCUGACUUUUUGAUUCCAAGAUUGUUGGUUGGAUUGACUUUUUUGCAUUAAAAUUUUCCCAGCAAAAUAAAUCAUAUGGCGAGUCAGAGAAUAAAAAGUCAAAAGAAACAAAUAGAAGCUUUUUUUUUUUUUUUUUUUAAUGUAUUGCUUCUGAACUUUUUUCUGCCACUGCUCCCCGGCCCUGUUUAGUUUGUUAUUGCUGCUCUUCUUUUUUCUUUCUGUAUCUAUGCCUUUUUUCACAGUAGUCCUUGGCUCUGCACGGAAUAAAUGAUACCCUCAAAUCU